AUGUCUUCGAACCGAACAAACGUGACUAAACGCGCUUGCGACGGGUGCAAGAUUCGGAAGAUUCGUUGCGGCGGAGGCCAUCCAUGCAAGGCCUGUACGAAUGCGCGCAUCAAGUGCACUUACAUCCGAGUUCAACAAACCCGAGGUCCGCAAAAACUGCGUUCGACGACGAAAUACUUGAUCGAGCAGGCUCAGAGGGAAGACGCCUGUGAAUCUCCCCGCCAGUCCGUACAACCCAACACGUUGGCGCGUGUCGAACAAUCAGUAGACAGGUCUCAGAUUUCCCUCAAUGUCCUGACCACUCCUCUUUACAUCUAUCACGUGCGCAUGUACCCGGUAUGGCCUAUUGUCAACGUCGAACGGCUGGUAUCUAUAUUGCAGCAUGACACCAAUAAUGCGGAUCCCGAGAUAUACGCAUUGGCCACUGCUGUCGCAGCCGCGACAGUCGCGCAAUUGCGACUAGGUAAGGGCUCUCUUUCCGAUGAAUCGAUGACCGCGGAUACCUUUGCGGCAGAAUGUCUUCGAGUCCGCGGUAUGAGCCAGUACAAGUCCAAGAUCAAUUUGAAUAACGUGCGGACGUCAUUCUUCUUGCACGUAUACUACGAAAACCAACAAUCGGGAGGAAGCGAAUCGUUACUAUACUUGAGGGAAGCUAUUUCGCUCGCUCAGAUGAUGAAUCUGCAUCGCGAAUCCUCAUAUGCGAACCUUUCGUUGGAAGAGCAGCAAAUCCGGCGUCGUGUACUGUGGCUCUUGUUUGUUACAGAGAGGGGCGUCUGCAUUCUCCAUAAACUUCCUGUCGCGUUACGAACAAACGUUGUACCUCCCUCAGCAGAUGACGGCAACGAUCCCCAUGUCUUACCUGCGUUUCUCAAACUACUCAACCUGUUCCGGCUCUUUGAACGGUCGAAAAUGUUCGAUAUAAUAGAAGGCGAAGACUUGGAGACAGAAUCCCUCGGUGACGAGCUAGAUUUCGAUAACCGAUUUCUCGAGACAUUACAGGACAAGCUGGAGGACGGAUCGGUAGUCUUUGACCAUAUAUCGGACGUACAAAAGGCAGACUUAUGCGUCACCCGACACUGGAUGCGGAUGAUCUUGUGGAAGCUCUCAACUAAAAAGAGCAUUUCAUACAACCGAUCACCGCAAACACCCACUUCGCCGUCAUUCCCGGUUGCUGUUGCUAAGGAGAUGUUGAACAUUGUUUCGCAGCUACCCAGACCGGCAAUCGAGGCUCACGGUCUCGGAAUGGAACUGAAACUGUACGAAAUUGCAAACUCGCUCGCUGAUUCGAUCAUGAAGCUGGCGAUGCUCCCUCGAGCUUCUGAAUUGGAAAUCGAAAGCCGGCCAAAUAAUAUUCUGUAUCGCUUGCACUCCAUAUUAUCGACAUUUCGAGGAGGAGGAAACAAAACAUUAGUUGACAUGCUCUAUAAAAAGAUGGCAGAAGCAGAUUCUAGAAGCGCACCAACACUAUCGGCCCUGCAGCCAUCGCAUGCAGAAUAUCGCCGAAAGAGUAGACAGUUAGCAAGGGUCGGGGUCGAUCAGCAUAGCCAAGAUGCUGCCACGGGAGCAGAUGGGCCUACUAGUCUUGACCAGGAUCUUACUGUGACAAAACAGCUUCCAGAACAGAGGACCCGCACUGGCACUUUCAGAGACUGUCUAAACCAUCCACAAGACGAGCUAUACAUCGAACCAAUGGAAAUAAACCAGCGCGAUGAUCACCAGCAAGCGACAGUCGACGGCACUUUUCCGGGAAUGUCACUUAGCCCACUUUCCCCGAACUGCAUUGACCAGGAUCCCUACAUAACGCCAAUGUCCUCCCUGCAUGCAGCAGCGGCAACGGAGCUCCCCGCAUUAGCCCCAUCAUGGCCGUCCUAUGAUUCAGUCGAGCUGAUGCUUGACGAUUUCCUAGCGCAGGUCCCCGGGGUUCCAUUUCUGCAGGACGGAUUGCUUGAGGGGUCGUUUAUGGGCUCUGAUCUGCCGGAGCAGGUUUUUGCUGACCGGGAUUUUGUGGGGAUUAGUCCGGUUUAG